CGCUUGCGCGCCGGCCGCGGAAGAGGAGUCCAGUAAGGCUGUCGCACCACGCGCCCCGGUGCACGGACUCCAGACAACACAAAUCUGAAAAAAACACUUGGCCUGGGUAAAGCAAAAGCCACAUCCUAUUCCUUGGAGAACCGCAGAGAUUAAUGCCAUCCUCAAAGACUUGAAGAUAUAGGAGUAGUGAUUCCUACCACACCAGCAUUCGUGUCAUCCUCUUGGCAUAUGUAGAAGGGCAUAGUCCAUGAUAGCGAGGAAGUCAAAGGAGCAGAGUCUUGAAGCAUUGGGUCACAUUGUAUCCACAACCAGGAAGCAGAGAACUAUUAAGUUUUCUAAAUUGCUAUGAACCAUGGCCCAGCUGUACUACAAGAAGGUCAACUACUCACCAUACAGAGACCGCAUCCCCCUCCAAAUCGUGAGGGCUGAGACUGAGCUGUCUGCUGAGGAGAAAGCUUUCCUUAGUGCUGUGGAGAAGGGGGACUAUGCCACCGUGAAGCAGGCACUGCAGGAGGCCGAGAUCUACUACAAUGUCAACAUCAACUGCAUGGAUCCUUUGGGCAGGAGCGCCCUACUCAUUGCCAUUGAGAAUGAGAACUUAGAGAUCAUGGAGCUACUGCUGAACCACAGUGUGUAUGUGGGCGAUGCAUUACUCUAUGCCAUCCGCAAGGAGGUGGUAGGAGCUGUGGAACUUCUGCUCAGCUACAGGAAGCCAAGUGGAGAGAAGCAGGUUCCCACUCUGAUGAUGGACACCCAGUUCUCUGAGUUCACACCAGACAUCACACCCAUCAUGUUGGCAGCCCACACCAACAACUAUGAAAUCAUCAAAUUGCUUGUCCAAAAGCGUGUCACUAUCCCACGGCCCCACCAAAUCCGCUGCAACUGUGUGGAGUGUGUGUCCAGUUCAGAAGUAGACAGCCUACGUCAUUCAAGGUCCCGACUGAACAUAUACAAGGCACUGGCAAGCCCUUCGCUCAUCGCCUUAUCAAGUGAGGACCCUAUCCUCACAGCAUUCCGGCUGGGCUGGGAACUCAAGGAGCUGAGCAAGGUGGAAAAUGAGUUCAAGGCUGAGUAUGAGGAGCUCUCCCAACAGUGUAAGCUCUUUGCCAAGGACCUGCUGGAUCAAGCUCGGAGCUCCCGAGAACUGGAGAUCAUUCUCAACCAUCGAGAUGACCACAGCGAAGAACUUGACCCACAGAAGUACCAUGACCUGGCCAAGCUGAAGGUGGCAAUCAAAUAUCACCAGAAAGAGUUUGUCGCUCAGCCAAACUGUCAACAAUUGCUGGCCACCUUGUGGUACGAUGGCUUCCCUGGAUGGCGAAGAAAACACUGGGUAGUCAAGCUUCUAACCUGCAUGACCAUUGGAUUCCUGUUUCCUAUGCUGUCCAUAGCCUAUCUGAUCUCACCCAGAAGCAACCUUGGGCUUUUCAUCAAGAAACCCUUUAUCAAGUUCAUCUGCCACACAGCAUCCUAUCUGACCUUCCUCUUCAUGCUUCUCCUGGCUUCUCAGCAUAUUGUCAGAACAGACCUCCAUGUUCAAGGACCUCCCCCAACUGUCGUGGAAUGGAUGAUACUGCCUUGGGUUCUAGGUUUCAUCUGGGGGGAAAUAAAGGAAAUGUGGGAUGGUGGAUUCACUGAAUACAUCCAUGAUUGGUGGAAUUUGAUGGAUUUUGCAAUGAACUCCCUCUACCUGGCAACUAUUUCCUUGAAGAUUGUGGCCUAUGUCAAGUAUAAUGGUUCUCGUCCAAGGGAAGAAUGGGAAAUGUGGCACCCGACUCUGAUUGCGGAAGCACUCUUCGCGAUAUCGAACAUUUUAAGUUCCUUGCGUCUCAUAUCCUUGUUCACAGCCAACUCCCACUUAGGGCCUCUGCAGAUCUCCUUGGGACGCAUGCUGCUUGAUAUACUCAAAUUUCUCUUUAUCUACUGCCUAGUACUACUGGCUUUUGCCAACGGACUGAACCAGCUUUAUUUUUACUAUGAGACCAGAGCUAUUGAUGAACCUAACAACUGCAAAGGAAUCCGGUGUGAAAAACAGAACAACGCCUUCUCCACGCUCUUUGAAACCCUUCAGUCACUCUUCUGGUCUGUGUUUGGCCUUUUAAACCUCUAUGUUACCAAUGUGAAGGCCCGGCAUGAAUUCACGGAGUUUGUGGGAGCUACUAUGUUUGGGACAUACAACGUCAUCUCCCUGGUAGUGCUACUGAACAUGCUCAUUGCCAUGAUGAACAACUCCUACCAGCUCAUUGCCGACCAUGCUGAUAUUGAGUGGAAGUUUGCGAGAACGAAGCUCUGGAUGAGUUACUUUGAUGAAGGUGGCACCUUACCACCUCCUUUCAACAUCAUCCCCAGCCCCAAAUCAUUUCUCUAUCUUGGCAACUGGUUCAACAACACCUUCUGUCCCAAGAGAGACCCCGAUGGGAGACGAAGGAGGCACAACUUGAGAAGCUUCACAGAACGUCAUGCUGACAGCCUGAUCCAAAAUCAACAUUAUCAGGAAGUUAUCAGAAAUCUAGUCAAGAGAUAUGUGGCUGCCAUGAUAAGAAACUCGAAAACAAAUGAGGGGCUAACAGAAGAAAAUUUUAAGGAAUUAAAGCAGGACAUUUCCAGCUUUCGAUACGAAGUACUUGACCUCUUGGGAAAUAGAAAACAUCCAAGAAGAAGCUUUUCCACUAGCAGCGCUGAAUUCUCUCAAAGGGAUGAUACCAAUGAUGGCAGUGGUGGGGCUCGGGCCAAAUCUAAGAGUGUCUCUUUCAAUUUAGGCUGCAAGAAAAAGGCCUGCCAGGGAGCACCUCUCAUCAGAACCAUGCCAAGAGCUAGUGGUGCCCAAGGAAAGCCGAAAGCUGAGUCGUCAGGCAAACGGUCCUUCAUGGGUCCCUCUUUCAAGAAACUGGGUCUCCUGUUCUCCAAGUUUAAUGGUCAGACCUCUGAACCUACUUCGGAGCCAAUGUACACAAUCUCUGAUGGCAUCGCACAGCAGCACUCUAUGUGGCAGGACAUCAGAUAUUCUCAGAUGGAGAAAGGGAAGGCAGAGGCCUGUUCGCAAAGUGAGAUGAACCUCAGUGAGGUAGAGUUAGGUGAAAUCCGGGGUGCUGCUCGGAGCAGUGAAUGCCCCCUAGCCUGUUCCAGCUCUCUUCACUGUGCAUCCGGCAUCUGCUCCUCAAAUUCGAAACUUUUAGACUCAUCAGAGGACGUAUUUGAAACUUGGGGAGAGGCCUGUGACUUGCUCAUGCACAAAUGGGGUGAUGGACAGGAAGAACAAGUUACAACUCGGCUCUAAGUCAAAUCCCCAUCAUCUAUUCUGGAAUUCAAGAGAAAAAAUUUGUAAUUUCUCAAAGGUGACCCCAAAUAUGAUUCCCUCCCUGUCCCCCCUCCAAGGAGUGAAGCUAUUACUUUCCGUCUUUUCUAGCCAUUCUUGUUUUGUUUCACUGUUAAUAUCAUUUGUGUUUUGUAUCUAUAAAUACUAAAUCCAUCUCAAAAGCAACUGAAGGGGUACGGCCCCUAAUCAGCAGAGGUGCGGUCGGGUGCUUUAACCCCUUUGCUUUGCUCACCCCUGCCUCCUUGAAGCUCCAGGUGCCACUUUGCUACAAUAGCUACCGCAUAGAUUCCUGACUUGCCUCAGGAUCUCACACCCAUCUCCCCACAGAGCUGAGGGAUAUGGUCAGCAAUCCCUACCAGCUAUCAGAUAAGGCAAAUCAACCUGCCUGUCUUCGUUGCUCUUCAGUGCUUACACGCUGCCCAUGCUGGUUCGAUGAACAGCAUUAAAGGGAGACUAGACUCCAAAGAAUUGUCAGCUUGAGGUUUCUAGGUAGAACAGGCCUUUCUGUUUUGUUUAUAAACACUACAACUUCUAACUGUGGGGACUGUUGAGGUUUUGUUUCGUAAAUGUGUGUUAGUUUAAUGUGUGGCAAUGAGAUAUUUAUUCUACAGUGCGUACCACAUCUAGUAAGUUAGCUAAUUUCCUCCCCUGUGUUUGUAUAUUUCAGUUAACGUACCAUACUUCAAAAUUAGUAUUUAGGAUGUGUACUUUUUUCAAAAAAAAUCUUUUACUGUACUUUAACCAACAGUUACUAUAUCUCAUACGCUGGCAAGAAAAAAACAAUUAGCUGGUAUAUUUAUAGGGUCCUAUCUACUGUGGAUAGUUUUAAUCAUCAUUGAUAUAAAAGCAUUUCUAAGAUUCAAGACUGGAUCUGAAAUAUUUUUUAUCAGAAAAAUGACAUUUUAUUGAGGUGUUAAAACUUGGGGAGAAAAUGCACCUCAAUUUAAUUGCUUUCUGGAAAGAAAACCCAACAGAUACAAAUUUAGGUUCAGAUAACCUAAUUCAGGUUGCAGCUACAGUAGCAACUGGGGGAUAGUGGGAACUGCAUGUGUGAACUGUUGGAAAUAUAACAUAAUAAUCCUAGUGGAUAUGUACAACUAUACUUGUGGUCUAAGUUCUGCCUUCAAAGAAAGCUGCAUUUAUACAUCCAAAUUCUUUCCCAUACACAAGGAGUACUUAAUCAAAAUGUAAGUUAAAAAUGAAGCUAGUGAGCAUGCGGUCAUCAUCUAAGAUGAUGACCACCAGAGAGCCACCAAACAACAGCUGAGCAAACAUGGGUUUACCAACAUAUGCUUGGCUCGUAGAGAUUAACAAUGUAUAUGGCAGAGAAGUUAAAAGGUUGUUGAGCACCACCUGGUCUUUGUAAGGUCCCCUCAUGUGUGAUGUCUGCUGGAGGAGAAGUGAGGAACUGUUAAACAAUGUAAACGUGUCUGUAAAGCUUGCUUUUGACAGUGUAGUUUUCGUUAAAACUGAUUUUCCAUCUCUAUCCAGUAAAAGUAUUUCAUAUAGAGAUGAGCCAAAUUAGGGGCAAGCCAGGCAACAAGUGCUGCUGGAUAUAACUCAGAUACUCACAAAAAGGAAUUAGGAGAGUAAGAGCCAUCAGCAUCCAUCUGGCUGGCAAGGGUUUGUUGCAAAUUAAUCAGAGUCCUAUUGGAAGUGCUCAUUUAUUUAAAUCAAACUGGUGCCCUACUUUACUAAGAGCGACCAACACAGACAGCUUACUUUCUAAAAGUUAGAGUUCUAAAGUCACAAUUGCAGCUUUCCCAACUGUAAAUUUUAUCCUUAAUAAUAAAUGACACUUCAAUCCAGGGAUGGAGGUGCACGCCUUUAAUCCCAGUACUCUGGAGGCAGAGGCAGGCAAAUCUGUUUGAGGCCAGCCUAUUCUAUAGAAUGAUUUCUAGGACAGCAAGGAUUAGACACAGAAACACUGUGUAUAAAUAAAGGAACAAUAAGUAAACUGAGAAAUACUGUAUAAAACAAACAAACCUAAACUACAAUCAUAAUUCAUACCACCAGCAACAAAGCCAACAUAAAAUAUAUACUCAGAACAUUUUUCUCAUCAAUAUACCAACUAUUGGUGAUCUAGGCAUAAUUGUCCUAGUGGUCAGAAAACAGGGUAGCAAGCCAUGAAGUCAUGCUCCAAAGCAGUCUCUGUCACUUAGGACCUGAAGAGAGGAAGGAUACCACAAUAGCCAAUCUCUGCUACUGAAAGACACCAGUGCCAUAUUUCCUGGGGAACACAUUCCAGUCCAGAUCUCCUUCCUCAUAGUCAUCAUCUUUGUGACUCAGGCUCAGGAUGUCACUAGCUAGGUUGAGGCCUCAUUAUGAUGAAGGCUGAAACUCAGUACCACGUUGGUGAUAGCAACAUUUUUUAACUUUAAGCUAAUACCCAGUAGGAGAAAGACAUCUUCCUACCCUGUUAAUCAGUUACUGUUUAAAAACAUUUCAGGGAUGGAGAACUUUAACAGUCAGCUCUAAGUUCUGUUUGCAGUUCCAUUUUUAAAAGGAGGCUGGAGAGAUGGCUCGAUGCUUAAAGGCAUGCACUGUAACAAAAGACCCAGAUUCUCUUCCCAGCAACCACGUGGCAGCUCGAUCUGUCUGCACCUCCAGUUCCAGGGCCUCUGACCGUGCUGUUAUCCUUUUCUGUGGACAGACUUCCUGGGAUACGGUAAAGAACUGCUGAAAUUAGUAGCCCCAAGAGCAUCCUCUGCAUACCUGUUAAACAAGAGCUGUCCAAUUCAGCUUUUCUACUUUUGAGGGCAGAAGAUACUCAGACCAGAAAAAGCUAACAAACCCAAGGAAUAGAAUAUAUACACUUUGGCAAAAGAAAAUCUGCAUUGAUUUAUUGUAUACUUAAGACAUUCUAAUUCAUAACGCUGCCAUGCCAGCUAAGCAGCUCCUUAGUAUGCUGUUUGGUGGUUAGGAGAAGGUCUUAGUAGGUGGCUUUGGAGUUUUACUUUUAGAAAAUGGGAUGUUGAAGAAACAGAAGGAUUAAAUGUUACUGAUAUAGGCAACAAGCUCAUCUUCAAGUUCAGAAUUGAUUUUUUGCAACUUAAAAUCAACUUUCAAUGUGCUUAGAGUAGUGGCAGCUUUAAGGAUAAGUUUAAGACCUCCUAGAGAAAUUUAAAAGGACAACAUACUUAAGUAGAGACCUUCUACUGAUUAGGGAACAAUCAAAAUUUAGCCCCUGAAAUCCUUAAGUUUAAACAGCAAAUUCCAUCAAGAGUCCCAAUGGCCCAAGUUCUAAACAAACUGACAGCUGUCUCUCUAAAUCCUCAGUGAUCCAGAAGAUACAUUUUAUCAUGUACAGGUGCUGGGAAGUAGGCUGUUAGCAGGAUUAACAGGACAAAUUAAUUUUUUUAAAGCCCUCAAGAUUCUACAGAAAAAUGGAGGGGACAGUUUUGGACUGGACAUGCAUAGUAUCAGAUGUAGUGAGAUGGGGCUCAAAUAGAAAGACAAGGCAGCUAGCUGAAUUCUCAAGCCAUCCGAAAGUUCUAUGAUCAAAGUAGAAGAUCGAAUCAUUUUAUUGACAAUACAGCCUCAUCAUAUCACUGUACACAAUGAAGGCAGUUACCUGUAUUCAUUAAGAGUGACAACUAUAACUGACAUAUUGUGGAAGAAGCAGUCAGAAUUUAAAGUUUUCAUGACCACUAGAACCAAUGUCAGUGCAGGUUCACAAGGAAAGUUCUAAACCCAGGCUGUCAACUGCAUUAGUUUACUUAAUGUUAAAGGAAAUAAUUUCAUAAAGUACUAACUUCAGAUUUACCUAUUUGAAUUCCCCCUUUAAACCCAAUAUGGCCAUGGUCUCAUUUCAAUGGCACAACUGUUACAGACCUUGUCUGAGAUCAUUUCAGUUCAGAUAAAACUAAAUACAACUAUCCCCAGAGAAAAUACAUGAAUUGUUUUUAUUCUUUCAUGUACACACUAGGGGUACUAUUCAAGGAGAAAUACUUAACUUAAGGAUUCUAUUUCUUCACGAUUUUACUAGAGGAGGAUAAGAAGUUUCUUUCUAGUUAGUAAUUGCUAUUUGGAGCUACAGCUUAACAGUUGAUAGGAAAGAAAAACUAGAAAACAGAGGCUAUGCUUAUCAAAUUUUCUCAACGUAGACCCUCACACAUCGGCAUACAAUGGAUGUUUGUUAAAACUAAGGUUAAAAUUGUAUCUCCUGAGCUUAAUUUGUGAAAAGGAAAACUUCAGUGUUUGUGUAAAUGGCAUUUUGGCUCUAUGGAUUAUUUUAAAAGCUAAAAGCCCGAGUAACUACUUUUAUCUAAAUAUUUUCUGUAAGAAGUGCAAAGUUAGUGUCAACUUGAAAUGUGUGAAAAACAAUCUUGUAUAAUAAUUUUGUGUGUUUUUAGCUUCAAUAUGAAGAACAAAGCAUUUACUUCCCCUCCCACAAAAUGUAUGGCUAUUUAGAAAUAAGAUGUUUGUGCCUCCUUUUCCAAUGUAACCAUUUAUACCUAUUAAUAAAUGUUGAUGAACAGCA